CACGAGCAUAUUCACUUCACAACGCAAGCAUGCGCCAACACCAAACUCAACCUCCAAACUCUUUUCAUAUUCCCUAAAUUUCUAUGCGCAACCGCUGAUCCUACCCGCACCACAAUCCUAUACCCAUCACUAGGCCAAUUCGGACAAAAUGUCCCUAUCCUCUCUCCUCUCCCUAAUCCCCCUCCCAAUCGCCUCCCUCCUCGCAAUCCCCAUGUUAUCCUCCUGGUCCACCUCCCUAAACCUAAUCUUCCUCUCGCUCGCCUGGACAACCCUCGCCGCAACCUACUCUCCCCUGCAGUUAGAACUCUUCGGGCCCCUCGCCCUACGGCUGGCGCUCUACAUACUGCCCUCCCUAAUCUUCCUCGUCUUCGACAUCGGCAUACCGAGUUUGGCGGUCGAGCUCAAAGCUCAGGGAACGUGGGGCAUAGCUACGAAUCAGAAAGGAGGCAAGAAGAAGAUGAGGAGGGUGGUGCUGUGGAGUGUAUGCAAUGUGCUGGGGUGUGUGAUGCUGCAGGCUGCGAUUGAGUUUCUGGUUACGGAUGUGCUGAGGUUGAAGAGUUUGUUGUUGAUCAAGGGGAGUCGGUGGGGGUUGAAUCAUUUGCCGAACCCGUGGACGAUGGUUAAACAUGCGCUUGUUGGGAUUUUGUCGCGAAAUAUGCUCCAAUAUUAUAUUCAUGCUAAUCUGCUGCAUUCGCUGGGUGGUGGCAGGUUGGCAGAUUGGCAUGCGAGUUGGCAUCACAGUAUCCAGGUGCCUUACUCGUUUGUCGCCAACUACGAUCAUCCUGUCUGCCACAUCCUGCAUCGGUGGCUACCGCUGUAUCUCCCUGCUGUUGCACUCCGGAUGCACAUCUUGACCUACCUCCUCCUGGUCGCGUUCUUCAGUCUUGAAGAGACGUUCGUGUACUCUGGGUACAAUGUCCUUCCAUCAACAAUCAUGAUCCGUGGCAUGGCACGCCGCACUGAUGCGCACAUGCUCAGCGAAGGGAAUGGCAAUUAUGGCUCUAUUGGUGUGUUAGAUUGGUGCCACGGGACGACGCUCGGGAAGGACGUCAUGGAGGACUUGAAAGCGGAGAUGGAGAAGCACGACGUUGAAGAGAAGACAGGAAGGGCCAUCGAUGGAGCGGGAGAGGCAGCUGGUGGCCUGGCAAAUAAGUUCAGGUCGAAAGUCAGAAAGGGUAGAGGCAGGAGGUGAGAGGAGUAGGUAUGAAAAAGGCUGGUCUUCGGUUGCGGUUUGGUCUGUGGUACGGCGUUGUGGGGAAGUGAACCUCGGACUUCGCUUGCUAUCUUGGUGCCCAUUGAUACCCUUUCAAUUCAGAGUCGUGUUCGUUAAUUCGGUGUCUGGAAGACAUUUCGGCGCAAAAGAUGCAACGGUCGGGUGCAAUCGUAC